CUAGGGAGCUCGCUGCUGUGAUGCUGAAGUGAUGCUGGUGAUGGAGAUGACAAUGGCACCGGAUUUCCCUAUCUGGUCCGGACCAGUUCCUGGGAAGCACCUCCGGUCCUGGCGGGUGGGCGGCUGCUGCGUUCGCCACGGCAAAUCCGCGCUCGCACCCGGGCCUGCGGGGCAGGGGCGCGGCGCUCGAUUUCCUUCCCUGCCUCCGCAGGCCCUGUGCGCAUGCUCGGUCUACGCGGCCCCAGCCUUUGAUUGAUCGGUCGGGAGCGGCUGCGACCCUGGGCUGCGGACAGGCUGGGAUGGGGAGGCCGGCGCUUGGAGCAGCGCAGUGAGCAGCGGCGGCGGCCAAUGAGUACCGGUGAGUACCGCGGCAUGGGGCUCCGCAAGAAGAGCACCAGGAACCCCCCGGUGUUGAGCCACGAAUUCAUGGUGCAGAACCACGCGGACAUGGUCUCCUGCGUGGGCAUGUUCUUCGUGAUGGGGCUUUUGUUCGAGGGCACGGCCGAGAUGUCGAUUGUGUUCCUCACGCUGCAGCACGGAGUCGUUGUCCCCGCGGAAGAGCUGCCUUCAGGGUCCAGGACCCUUUACCAUUAUGGGGUCAAAGAUCUGGCCACAGUGUUCUUCUACAUGCUAGUGGCCAUCAUCACCCAUGCCACCAUUCAGGAGUAUAUUCUGGAUAAGAUCAGCAAGAGACUGCAGCUCACCAAAGGCAAACAAAGCAAACUGAACGAGGCGGGGCAGCUAAGUGUGUUCUAUAUAGUGUCUGGUAUCUGGGGCAUGAGCAUUCUGGCCUCUGAGAACUGCUUUUCAAACCCCACUCUAUUGUGGAAGGCUCCUCCCCACAACAUGAUGACAUUUCAGAUGAAAUUUUUCUACAUCUCACAGCUGGCUUACUGGUGUCAUAGCUUUCCAGAGCUCUACUUCCAAAAAGUGAGGAAGCAAGAUGUCCCGGGUCAGCUCAUCUUCAUCGGUCUCCACCUCUUCCACAUCGGAGGGGCCUAUCUCUUGUCCUUGAACCACCUGGGCCUGCUGCUGCUGCUCCUGCACUAUUCCGUCGAGCUGCUCUCCAACCUAUGCAGCCUGUUCUACUUCGGUGAUGAGCGGUACCAGAAAGGGCUGUCUCUUUGGCCUUUGGUGUUUAUAUCCGGGAGACUGGUGACGUUGAUUGUUUCGGUGAUCACAGUAGGGCUUCACUUGGCAGGGUCACAGAAUCCAAAUAUCCUCUCUGGAAAUGUCAAUGUGUUGGCAGCUAAAAUCGCUGUUCUGUCUUCGAGUUGCAGUAUCCAAGUGUACAUCACAUGGACCUUGACUACUGUGUCGCUUCAGAGAUGGCUAGAAGAUAUGACUCUUCACGCCCCGGGGAGGAAGAGACGAUCCAGGUCGAGAAAAAGCACAGAAAAUGGAGUGGAGAAUCCAAAUAGAAUAGAUUCUCCACCAAAGAAGAAAGAGAAAGUUCCUUAAGGAGUUGACAGUUAAUUGAUUCAUACCUUCAAGGGAAUCCACUCCUUACUGUGUGGUGUCUCUGUGCUAUAGAUUUUCUGUUCUUCAGAACGGGUUGUGCUCUUUGAAUAUUGCUAUUGUAUUGUCUAAUGUGUUUUUAGGGGUUUUGGAGCCUUAUAAGUGGGGGAAAAAUUAAGACGAAACCACUCAUCCUCAAAAUCCUGUUAGAAUAGUUAACAGAUCAACACCAUAUUUAGUUUAGAGUCUUACCUCAGUGAUUCUGCAAAUGAUUUGUGGUUAUGACUGCAACAUUGUGUGCAUAAAUAAUAGUUUCCUGCUUCAAAUGUUCUGUAUGGCAUUAACAAGACUGGUAGCAAAGUCGUUUUCUUACAGCAUAAAGUGGAAAAACUGAUAAAGGUAUAACUCAAACCAGUAUUAUGUAAUUGUUGGGAUUUUUAUUGUUUUGAAUUUACAACAGAGAAGAUAUUUGUUAAACGGCCAAGAUCAUCAUGUGUUUAAUUUUAUGAGUAGUGGUUGUUAGUGUUACACCCCCAUUAAAGAAUCAAAAUAUAAAUAAAUGACAUGUGUGGAGAUAAUGAAAUCUAUUGAGUCAAAAUAGCUUUAAUAAAUAUGAUGGAUUACUGAAGAGGUAAACUUGUUCCUGUUUAUUUUAAACACUUAUAAAUGAAAAUUUGCAGAAUUAAAUAUUACGGAAAGAAGUCACACUUAUUCUUUUAAUAUUUAUUUAAAGAGGUACUUGUAGAUUCAUAAAUAUGGUGAAAGCAAUGUAUCAGAAAAAUAUUAUGUGAAUAAUUUUUAAAAUGUAUAUACGCAUACAGUAUAUAUGUAUAUAGGUAUGUGUGUGUUUAUAUGUGCAGGUAGUUAUAUCUGAGAAAUAUUUGCCAAAUUAAACUUCAUUUGAAGAUCAGGUAGCCAAAUAGAUUUAUGAAGAGGUUUUAAAGUGGUGUUGUUAUUGUAACUUGCUUCUGUCUUUAAUUUGGAAACACCUAUAUAGGGCAGUCUUUGUUGAUUAUGUAUGUGUAUAUACGUAUAUAGUUUAUAUCUUUACAAAAACCAAUACGAACAGUGGGCUGAGGAGGUAAAUAUUUAUGUCCGGCCUAAAUCCCUGUGUUGAGUUCAUUUCCUUAGUGUUGGUAGUUUUGUCUUUUCAAGGAUAUGGUAUCAUGCUGGGCUGGGCUGCAUGUUCCUGCAUUUCCUAACUUCUGCAGUUUCUUCUCAUGUCUCUCAUCUCUACUUGUGACUGUCUCCGCAUAGGUGCGUUAAUCAUUCAGCUUUUCCAAAAGGUGAGCUUCCUGAAACUUUAUCCUUACCUAGCAGAUCACAGAGAGAGAAGGCAGAAAGACAAUCUUUUCUACUCUCUCUUCUUUCAAAGGUAAGUAACAAACAUUUCUUUCUGGGUAUGAAAGUGAUUUUUCUUUACUCCCUCCUUCUCAUCUGCCUAACUUGUAGUGUUGGUAAUCCAUGCCUGAGCUCUAAAGUCACUUACAUUUAACCAACUGCUGUGCAAUUGUAAAGCCAAAUUUCAACUUUCCAUAUGACUCAGAACCGUCUCUCAUAUUCCUUACCUCUCAGGGCCUAAACUGUUAUGCGUAUUUUAACUCAUGAUAACUGAUUUUGUAUCUACUAGGCACUUGGUUUGCAAAUGAUCAGUGAAAAUCUAAAUGAAAUCAUUGUACAAUCAAAGGGCAACAUUUGUUUUAUAUGACUGGUAAUAAUACUAAGAGUUAAAUUGAUGUUAGUAAUAAAUUUGAUAAGGAUCUAGGUAGACUUCCUUGAGAUUCUCUUAGCUCUUUACCGUUCAAGUUAAUUUCCAACAUGAUGACCUCUAGCUAUCUAUCCCUGGCUUGAUUUCUUUGCUGUCAUGGCAAGAAGGAAGAGCAAACCUAAAAUCCCAGAGCACAGCAACCCAUUUGAAAGAACGCUCAAGGAAGGGAUGAUUGACUUCAUCUCUGUCGAUGCUGGAAAAGGAAAACUACGUUCUUAUGUACUAUGAGUCCAUAAGAAAUAAAGAAGUUUGGAGAAAUCCUGGAAAGAUUCUAGAUAUAUCUCUUAAUGAAUUCAGGAAAUAAUGUCAGGAAAUAUAAAUGUCGGCCAAUAAAUGUUAAAAGAAACGUUACAGAUUUAAUUAGCUUGGUAGGAAUUGUUAAGUCUCUUAAAAAUAUUCUCCAGAAGGUCAUAAUUCAAGGUGUUAUUAAGGACAGCAUUGGCCUUGGUUAACCACAUGAAAGCUCAGAUCUAUCAUUAGAGGCUGCAAAAGUCUCCAGAUGUGUCUGGCCAUUGAACCCAAAGGUUCUGCUCAGAGGGAUUUGCUUUACUGUUUUUCAAACUUGGAUACUCAAUAACAGUCUAAGAGAUAGGUGUCCUGGAAUGGAUUCCGAGCACACGUCAUAUUUAAAAUAUGGAUCUGUUAGCAUUUAAUUGAAAGUUUGUUGCAUUUUCCUUAACAAAUGAUAAUGAUGUGCCAUUAUGUUGUAAAGGACAAACAAGCUUUAGGUGACAUCUUUCCAUGGUGGUCAGUAUAAUUCCAUUUUAAUUCAAUAAGGAAACAGUAAUCUUGGAAACAACACUUCAUUGUCUUUCCAUAUUUGUUUGCUAGUAUGAGAAGCCUGCACAGACACUGCCAUCUAUCUUUGGACUCCAUUCAAGAAGAUUACAAUUAUCACAUUAAUAAUUAAAAUCCUUUUUAAGUGUGGAAUAGUCUGAUAGCCUUUUAAUUUGGAGAACAAUACAAUUUUUACUUCUUGUUCAAUUGGACUAAAAAUUAUUUACAUUGGGUAAAAGGAGAAUUUUACCAGUACUGUACAUAGGUGGGGAUAUGCGUGCGCCUGUGUGUGUGUGUGUGUGUGUGUGUGCAUCACUUUUGUGUGUGCUCCUUCAUGUGUGCUCAAGUAUGCCUGGUGGUCAAAGGACACUGUAGGUCCUCACCUUCUACCUUUUCUGAGACAGGGUGUCUGUGUUGUUUGCCGCUGAUGGCCUUUGAGCUAGCGAUGCGCCCAACUCCACCUCUCAUCUCAGGAGCGUUGGGAUUGUAGACAUGAGCUGUUGCACCUGGAUUUACUUAGAACUUGAUGAUUUGAACUCGGCUCCUCAAACUUGUGCUGUAAAUGUUACCCAUGGCAACAUCUCUCCAGUCCUUAAAGCAGUUUCAGAGGAAAUUCUUCGGGGAGGGAUGCCUGAGAAGCAUCUGAAUAAAGAUGGGACUUGGGUCCUCGCUUUAUGUUGGAG